AUGAUGAUUGAUAUUGACAACAGAUCAUUGAAUCGAUUAAAACCAACUAAUUCAAUCAAUCGUAAUCAAAUGAUAUUACCUAUAAAAAAUAUUUCAUUGGCUUCAUUGACAAAAAAGAAACUACCACAUAAGAGUCUAUCAUCAAUCUACAAUAAAUCUAUAAUCAAUGAAAAUAUUCAAAUUUCAAAAUAUUCGGAAUCAUUUAUUUCAAAUUCUAAUAUAAGUAAACCAGAAAAAACUUCAUCUAAUAAAGAUUUCAAUAAACAAUCAAGUAUUUAUUCUAAUGAUCAUCUUGAUUCAUCAUCAAGUAUUGAUAAUUUAACAAUUGAAUUUCGACAACGUACUCAAUUAACUUAUUUACUUUCAUUGGAUUUUGUUCAAUCAUCAGCUAAUUUUAUCUAUCCAAAUCUUAGAAUUAUUUCUUCUGGUUAUUUUUUUCAUCGAAAUAAUCAUAUAGAAAAAAAUGUCCUAUAUAUGUAUUCAAAUACAUUAAUUUCAAAUAAAACUUUACCAUUAGUUUUUCUUGGAAGUGAAUAUUUUUUACGUAAACCAAUUAAUUUUGAACGUUUAAAAUUUCCACUUUCAACUAAUGAAAAUCUUGAACCAUUAAUUGAUUUAUUUAUUAAUCGUCCACAGUUUAUACAAGAAAUUCCUGAAUUAAAUGAUUUAUCAAAUUAUUUAUUUUUACCACAAUCAAUAUCAGCUUUAUUAUUUUUUGAUUCAUCAUUAAAUCAAUCUGCACGUCAUUUAUGUUAUGAAUUACGUACAAAAGAAAAUCAAAAUAAAUUUACUAUAAAAGAUUUAUUAUAUAUGUCACAACGUGAAAAUAAUAUUAUUCAAAUGAAUGCAUUAAAUGAUAAACGCUAUCAUGAAUUUAAAAAUCAAUUAACUGAUAUUUAUUAUUAUGAAAAUUCUUUAUUAUCAUUCAAACAAAAACAAAUUAAAUUAAAUUUUUUCGAAAAAAAUACAAAAACAAAAUCAUCUAUUACUCGUUCUUCGUUACAUAAAUAUUCACGAAUAAAAACUCGUCCGACGAUUGUAACUUCGAUGUUAUCUUGA